UUUUUAUUGUCGUUUGUUUCAUUUGAAUACGCUAUCUGACUAGCAGCGUCGGUAAAAAAAUGAUCCAUGAGUUGCUUCUGGCUCUCAGUGGAUAUCCUGGGACCAUAUUCACUUGGAAUAAACGGAAUGGAUUGCAGGUGUCCCAGGACCUUCCAUUCCUCCACCCCAGUGAAACCAGUGUCCUCAAUCGGCUCUGUAAAAUGGGCACUGACUAUGUGCGCUUCACAGAAUUUAUAGAGCAACACACGGGUCAUGUCCACCAACAGGAGCACUACUCCAGCCAGCCGAGUCAGUCUGGGCUUCAUGGCAUUUAUCUGCGUGCGUUCUGCACUGGGCUGAACUCUAUGCUGCAGCCCUAUCGACAGGCUUUACUGGACCUUGAAAAAGAGUUUCUUGGUGAUCCACACCUCUCUAUUUCUCAUGUAAACUACAUGCUGGAACAGUUUCAGCUUCUCUUCCCAUCUGUGAUGGUUGUUGUGGAGACCAUCAAGUCUCAGAAGAUUCAUGGCUGCCAGAUCCUAGAGACUGUGUACAAGCACAGCUGUGGAGGACUGCCUCCUGUCAGGACGGCCUUAGAGAAGAUUCUUGCAGUGUGCCAUGGCGUGAUGUAUAAGCAGCUGGCUGCGUGGAUGCUGCACGGGUUGCUGCUGGAUCAGAGUGAGGAGUUCUUUGUCAAGCAGGGUCCCAGUGCUGGCGGAGCCACAGCUGCACAGGAGGAAGAGGAGGAGGACCUGGGUAUCGGAGGGCUGAGUGGAAAACAGCUCCGUGAGCUGCAGGAUUUGAGGCUGAUUGAGGAAGAGAACAUGCUCGCACCUUCUCUGCAGCAGUUCUCCUUGCGUGUGGAGAUGCUUCCCUCAUACAUCCCUGUUCGAGUAGCUGAAAAAAUCCUCUUUGUUGGAGAGUCUGUGCAAAUGUUUGAAAAUCACAACCAGAGUCCAUCGCGAGCUGGGUCUAUACUGAAGCAUCAGGAGGACAUGUUUGCAGCAGAGCUCCACAGGCUCAAACAGCAGCCUCUCUUUAGUCUGGUGGACUUUGAGAAUCUUGUGGAUGGCAUUCGGAGCACAGUUGCUGAGCACUUAUGGACUUUGAUGGUAGAGGAAUCUGAUCUUUUGGGGCAGCUUAAGAUCAUAAAGGACUUUUACUUGUUGGGGCGAGGUGAACUGUACCAAGUCUUUAUUGACCUUGCUCAACAUAUGCUGAAAACCCCACCAUCUGCUGUUACUGAACAUGAUGUCAAUGUGGCCUUUCAGCAAGCAGCUCAUAAAGUGCUGCUAGAUGAUGACAAUCUUCUGCCCCUCCUGCAUCUCACCAUAGACUACCAAGGGAAAGAAAGCAAAGAGGCUUCUGGGAAUCGAGAGGGCACCACUCCUCCACAGGAGAGUUCUCCUCGUGAGGCUCCGCCCACUGGCUGGGCUGCGCUGGGAUUGGCUUACAAAGUUCAAUGGCCCCUACAUAUUCUUUUCACUCCUGCUGUGUUGGAGAAGUAUAACGUAGUGUUUCGUUACCUGCUGAGUGUGCGUCGUGUCCAGUCCGAGCUGCAGCACUGCUGGGCCCUGCAGAUGCAGCGCAAACAUCUCAAAUCAAACCAGACGGAUGCAGUUAAAUGGAGACUCCGCAACCAUAUGGCCUUCCUAGUGGACAACCUUCAGUAUUACCUUCAGGUGGACGUUCUGGAGUCUCAGUUUUCGCAGCUCUUACAACAGAUCAACUCCACAAGAGACUUUGAGAGCAUUCGAUUGGCCCAUGACCAUUUCCUCAGCAAUCUUCUUGCACAAUCUUUCAUAUUGCUCAAGCCUGUGUUUCACUGUUUGAAUGAAAUUCUGGACCUGUGUCACAACUUUUGUUCCCUGGUCAGUCAGAAUCUUGGGCCUCUGGAUGAAAGAGGAACAGCCCAGCUGGAUAUUCUUGUGAAGGGAUUUAGUCGUCAGUCGUUCCUGCUUUUCAAGAUUCUUUCCAGCGUCCGGAACCACCAGAUAAACUCGGACUUGGCACAGCUGCUGUUACGACUAGACUACAACAAAUACUACACACAGGCAGGAGGCACGCUGGGAAGUUUUGGCCUAUGAAGUGGAGCCUGAAGAUCUCAGAGGCAAACCUCACACAAUGGUGCAUUUCAUCUUAAAACAUGCCCAAUACAAUACUUGUUGAUUUGUACAUUAAAUUAAUAUGAUAGGGCUCCUGUCAAUGUCA